AUGUACGCUUCUAUCCUCCUUGUCGUGGCAGGGGCCUCGACCGCCCUCGCCCAGGCAGCGGCCUACGCCCAGUGCGGCGGCAACGGCUAUACGGGCCCUACCAGCUGUGUGAGCGGGUACAAGUGCCAGUACUCGAAUCCGUACUACUCGCAAUGCGUUCCGAGCGGCAACGGUGGAAGCCCAGCUCAGCCAGCGACGACCGCAAAGUCAUCGCCAACCCCUCAACCGCCGGCUCAGGGUGGUACCUACAAGGCCUCCUUUACCCAGUAUGGCUCCGGCGACGCACUGAACAGCGGCAACUGCAACGUCAGGACCACCGCCUGCGGAUUCUACACUUCUCCCGGCUUCUCCGCUGCCGUCUCCCAGAACGAGUUCGGUGUCGGUCCCGGUGCCGGCGCCGGCCCGGCCUGCGGAACCUGCUGGAAGCUCACGAUCCAGACAGACUCCUCAGGCAAGACCGUCGCCAACGCCGGCAACAGCAUCGUCGUCAAAGUCACCAACCUCUGCCCCGCGGACGGCAACCCGCUGUGCGCGCAGAACGGCCUCUCGGGAACGAACCAGUACGGUGCCAACCUCAACUUUGACCUGUGCAUCGACUCGGGUGCGAACACGGCAUUGUUUCAGAACGAUGGGAUUGGCCUGGGUGUGGGCACGGCCGUGCAGGUUAGCUGCUCGCAGUACAGCGGAACUGUGAGAAACUAA